AUGCCAGAAAUAAUCCACGCCCCCUCCCACCCCUUCAAGGCCCUCGGCUUCAAACACCGCGUCGGCGAACCCCAAUUCAAGCACCUCUUCCAAGGCCUUCCCUACCUCCCCAACACCAACACCCCAAACCCAAACAACUACCUCUUCUCCCUCGCCCUCCAAAAGUCCUUCUACUCCCCCAUCCACAAACACAACUUCGAGCAAUUCCGCUACGCCCACUCCGGUUCCUUCUCCAUUUCCCCCUCGCUAACCAUCGAGGAAGGAGAACUAUGCUACCACCCCGAAGGCGUAGAAUAUGGCCCGCAAAACGACGUGGAAGAUGGCGUUGAGCAUAUCUUACUGAUUCUGCAGUUCGGGGGCACGAGUGGACAGGGGUAUUUGGCUUAUGAGGAACUAUUGGGUGUGCAAAAAGAACUAGCGGAGAAGGGCAGGUUUGAAGGAGGGAGGUAUUUUGCUGAUGGGAAAGAAAAGGAGGGAGUUGAUGGGUUUCAAGCGUGUUGGGAGACUGUUAAUGGGAGAGACCUUGUGUAUCCUGCGCCGAGGUAUGCGGGUCCUGUGUUGGUGAAGCCGCAGAAUUUUGGGUGGGUGAGGAAGGGUGAAGGGGUGAGUAAGAAGGUACUUGGGGUAUUUACGGAGAGGGAAACUAGGGCAGAGAUGUGGAAGGUUGAGGAUGGGGGGAGGUUCGAGGCAAAGGCGGCGGAGGAUGCGUUGCAGUUGUUGUUUGUUACGAAGGGUAGUGGGCAGGUUGAUGGGGAGGAAUUGGACAGGGAGAGUGCUGUUAGGUUGGUGCCUGGGGAGGAAGCUGUGAUCUCUUCGAAUCGGGGUAUGGAAAUUUUGAAAUUGGUUAUUCCUGAAGUACCGCAUUAA